GAAAGAGAAGAAGAAAAAGAAGAAAGCAGAAAAGAAGAAAAAGAAGAAAGAAGAGAAGAAAAAAGCUGAGGCAAGGAAGAGACCCCUAAGCAUGGAGGGCUACACUAAAUCAGAAGAAGGAGGAAACAUCCAAAAAAGACCUUGCCUUGAAGAGAAAAGGCCCCUUCAACUGAUGGUCACGAGCUACAGUACCCAUGCCGUGCUGGGUCAUGGCGGUUUUGGCACGGUAAUGUUGGCAACUUGUUCCAACAAGAGCCAACCUGUAGCCAUGAAGGUGAUACACAAAGCAGAGAAUAGAAGAUCUAUUGCCAAGGAGGUGCGAAUACUGAAGAUGGCUUCUGGAUGCCCAUUCCUCUGUCAUGCGCAUGCAGCUUUCCAAACAAAGGUAAAGAAUAGCGCCAAGAAAAUUGUGCAAAAAAAAAAAAAAUAA